CCCGGCUUUUAGGCAGUGCGAGCCGCUCGGGGCGCGCAGCCAGUAUCCACCGCUCGCGGCUCCGCUCGCCUUUCCUUCUCGCUCUCGCCCGCUUGAGCGCCUCCGACCGUCCUUCCCGUCGGGUCCCGACGCCUCUCCAGCCGCAGCCAUGGAAGCCAUCAAGAAGAAGAUGCAGAUGCUGAAGCUCGACAAGGAGAACGCCAUCGACCGAGCGGAGCAGGCGGAGGCCGACAAGAAGCAGGCCGAGGACCGCUGCAAGCAGCUGGAGGAGGAGCAGCAGGGGCUGCAGAAGAAGCUGAAGGGGACGGAGGAUGAAGUGGACAAGUACUCGGAGGCCGUCAAGGAGGCCCAGGAGAAGCUGGAGCUGGCCGAGAAGAAGGCCGGCGACGCUGAGUCCGAUGUGGCCUCUCUCAACCGCCGCAUCCAGCUGGUGGAGGAGGAGCUGGACCGAGCCCAAGAGCGCCUGGCCACCGCCCUGCAAAAGCUGGAGGAGACGGAGAAGAUGGCUGACGAGAGCGAGAGAGGCAUGAAGGUCAUUGAGAACAGAGCCAUGAAGGACGAGGAGAAGAUGGAGCUCCAGGAGAUGCAGCUGAAGGAGGCCAAGCACAUUGCAGAGGAUGCCGACCGCAAAUACGAGGAGGUGGCCCGGAAGCUGGUGAUCCUGGAGGGGGAUCUGGAGCGCUCAGAGGAGAGGGCCGAGGUGGCCGAGAGCCGCAUGAGGCAGCUCGAAGAGGAGCUCCGCACCAUGGAUCAGGCCCUCAAAUCCCUGAUGGCUGCAGAGGAAGAGUAUUCCACCAAGGAGGACAAAUACGAGGAAGAGAUCAAGCUGCUGACGGACAAACUCAAGGAGGCUGAGACCCGAGCAGAGUUUGCUGAGAGGUCUGUUGCAAAGUUGGAGAAAACCAUUGACGACUUGGAAGACGAGGUCUAUGCCCAGAAGAUGAAGUUCAAAGCCAUCAGUGAGGAGCUGGACAAUGCCCUGAACGACAUCACCUCCCUCUGAGCUCCGUCUCUCUCUGCUCCCGCCCUCCCCCUUGCUUGCCCAGGAUACACCCCCCAAGUGCUCCCCUGUGUGUGUGCUGGGGGGGGGUUAGGAGGGGAGGCCAAGUUACCUCAGGUGGGGAUAGGGGGUGGGGAGCUCUGUGCCAGUGCCAGAAGUGCCUUUCCUGGCAGAGGAGGCGGCGUUUGGGGGCUCUGCCAGCCAUGCAGCUGGGGCUGGGGGGUAAGGGGAUCUGGGCCUCUUCCCUGGUGGGUGGGAGCGAGACCCCACUAUGGAAAGCAGCCUUGCACCCCCCUGGCAGGUCCCUCUGAGGCCCCGCUGUGCCCCUCUUGCUCUGCCUGUCUGUCCUUCCCACUGUCUGUCCUCCAUGCUGCAUUUCACGACUCUGUUCUCCUCUCCAGUCUCUGGUUCAAUAAACAGUUUCAGCAAA